GCCAAACACUCUGAAACUCUGACGAAUCGUUUAUCACUGAUUUCUCUAUCGAUAGUCCCGCCUUCAUUGCCAAAUUUAAACUCGAAAUCUCUCUCUCACUCACUCAAUGAGCGAUUUCAUUUUGAUCUCCGACGGCGAGGAUGAAGCUACUCCACCACCGUCGAAGAGGGCUCGAAAGAAUCGUACACCCACGGAUUUGAACUUGGAUACCGAACCAUCACUGCAGAAGCAACCGCCAGGAUCUGCUUCUACUCCGUUUUUCCUCGACGAGACACCUCUCUCUGACGAUGUCACUGUCCUAAAGUCUUCCUUUGGUUCCGGAACCGGAGCUUCUUCAGGCCGCGAGAACAAUUUUUUCGGUAAACGAGUUAUAUCUCUUGAAUCGGAUUCUGAAGACAGUCCUGGACCUGAGAGUUCAAAAAAGUAUGAACCUGUUUAUACUGAUUCUUGGAAGAAACCUUGUAGAUUGGAAUUUGGAUCCAGUGAUGCUAAUUCUGAUGAUGAUCCUAGUUGGAUGCGGAGAGCUAGUUUUCAAUCUUCGCUGUCUAAAGAUGCUAUUGAGGUAGAUUCUGACCAUGAGAAAGAAGAUACAGGCGUUGAGAAGAUGGGUCGAAAAAAGCAGACCAUAACUUCUAAAAGUACAUCUCUUUCUGCUGAUUCAUUGCCUAAAAAGAAGAUGUCAAAAGAUGAAAAAACCCGCGCGGCAGAGGAAAAGAAGUUACAAAAAGAACAAGAAAAAUUACAGAAAGCUGCCUCGAAAGCAGAAGAUGCUGAGCAUAAAAAGUUGGAGAGGGAAAAGCAGAAAUGGGCAAAGGAAAAGGAUAAAGCACUUAAAUGUAUUGUUGCCUGGAUUGACAAUAAAGUGCUUGAAGGAUCUUUUGGAGGACUUCUCAUUUCGGGAUUGAAAGAGAAAUGUAUUACAUACCAUGUCACCACUAAUCCGAUUCAGAGAUCCAUUGUGUGGACAAUGACACUUCCAGAAGAUAUUGCUCAGUCAUUGCCUCUAGGGUCCAAGAUUCCAUAUGUUUUACUCUUGUAUGAGGCUGAAGACUUUUGUAAUCUUGUUGCUAAGAAAGAACUUCUAGAAAACGUCUACAGAGUUCGUGACGAAUACCCAUCUUAUACAAUGUGCUACCUCACCAAUAAGUUACUGUCCUACGUAAACAAAAAGGAAAGGGUUGAGUACAAGGACCCUGUAAAUGGCUGUGGUUGGAGAAAGCCUCCUAUUGAUGAGGCAAUUGCGAAGUUAUCAACUCACUAUAUUGGAGUACAUUCCCGGCAUUGUGUAGACGAGGCUGAGGUGGCUGACCAUGUUGUUCGGUUAACAAGUAGUCUGGCCCAUUGCCAAGUCAGGAAGAAGUUAACUCGGUUAUCAGUAUACGCUGAUGGUACAUUAAUGUCCAAGAAUGCAGCUGAUAAGCACUUGAUUAGAGAGAGCAUAUGGUAGAGUAAUCUAAACCCAGUUUCAAUAAUCUUUUUAGAAAUCACCUUCUUUGUUUAAUAUGCAUUGGAUCGAUAGGUUGAAAGUGUUGGUAGCAAUACCAAAGGUACAGCCAAGAUACGCUAUAGCAGUGUCAAAGAAAUACCCAUCCUUGAAGUCACUUCUUAAGGUUUAUAUGGAUCCUAACAUAUCGGUUCAUGAGAAGGAGUUUCUACUGAAAGACUUGAAAGUGGAAAAUUUAGUAGGAAGAGACACAAGUGUAGGUGAGGCCUGUUCGAAGCGGAUAUACAGAGUGCUUAUGUCUUUAGAUGGAACCAUUAAGACUGAUGACGUCGAAAAUGGUGCUGCUUCCUUCACACUUCCUCCAUCUGACUUAAUUUAGAACUAGAGAGAACAUCAAAUAGGUUCUUAACUUUCUAUGUCAAACAAAACAGAAGAAUGAUUGUGUCUGAGAUUUUUUUUUGUAUAUGCAUGCAAAGUUCAUUAUGUUGUUUGAAGUCUUUAAUGUGUGUAGUCCUGACUCGUUUUCUAAAGAGUAAAGAUAAUGAUAUAUUUUCUGGC